UUGGGGGUUCAAAAGAGAGGGAAAACACGAGGGCUUAUAAAAUUUUCUAACCAAAAGAUACGAUGGCAGAGGAAGCAGCAAAUUCAGAAAUAACAAGCCCUCCUAUGGCUGAGCAAAACCAGAACUCAGUGAAUGCCGCAAUUGAAUCAGGGUUUCAAGGAGGAGGCACAGAAUCAACUUGCAACAACAUAGAUAACAAUAAUAAUGCUGAGAGUUCUGUGGUUACUUCUGAUGGUGACCGUGAAAAAUCCCUGGAGUUUGCUGAUGAGUUAAUAGUGAAAGGCUCUCAGGCAAGUAAAGAUGGAGAUUAUGGAGAAGCCGUUGAAUGUUAUAGCCGUGCCCUCGAAAUCCGGGUUGCACAUUAUGGUGAACUUGCUCCUGAAUGUAUCAAUGCAUACUAUAAAUAUGGGUGUGCUUUGUUGUACAAAGCUCAGGAGGAGGCUGAUCCUUUGGUUUCUUUGCCAAAAAAGGAGAGCGCGUCAGAACAGGAUUCUAAUAGAGAUGGUUCUGUUAAAAGUGCUAUUAGUUGUGAGUCUUCUAUCUCAAGUACUGCUGAACCAGGCGGAAGCUCAAAUGGAAAGGAAAAAGUGAAAGAUGAUGCUGCAGAGGAAAAAGAGGAUGAAGGAGAUGAAGAAGAAAGUGAUGAUGAGGACCUGGCUGAAGGUGAUGAGGAUGAAACUGACCUGGAUUUGGCCUGGAAACUGUUAGAUGUUGCAAGGGCAAUUGCUGAAAAGCACUCCGGUGACACAAUGGAAAAAGUGGAUGUAUUAUCAGCUUUGGCUGAGGUAGCCUUGGAAAGAGAGGAUGUUGAAACAUCUCUUAGUGAUUACCUGAAGGCAUUAUCCAUUUUGGAACGCUUGGUUGAACCAGAUAGUCGCCAUAUUGCUGAGCUCAACUUUAGGAUAUGCUUAUGUCUGGAAAUUGGUUCCAAGCCUGAGGAAGCCAUACCAUACUGCCAAAAAGCUAUUUCAACUUGCAAGUCGCGGCUACAGAGGCUCACUGAUGAAAUAAAGCUUUUGUCAGAAUCAGCAGAAAAAUCAACUACUCCUAAUGUAGAUCAGAUCGCGAGACAGUCUUCCAGUGCAUCACAGUCUGAUUCUGUAACUACAAAAGAAGCUGAGGUUGAAACACUCACUGGUCUAUCUACAGAAUUGGAGAAGAAGCUCGAAGAUUUACAGCAGUGCAUGUCAAAUCCAUCAUCUAUCCUCUCAGAUAUUCUGGGAAUGGUUUCUGCAAAAGCAAGAAGUAUGGAGAAAGCUGAAGCUUCUGUAGCUGUGAGCUCUUCACAGAUGGGUGCUGCUACCAGUGGUAGUGGAAGUUUUGACUCUCCAACUGUUUCCACUGCCCACACAAAUGGUGCAUCUGCAGUUACUAAUCUUGGUGUAGUUGGAAGAGGAGUCAAGAGGGUCCAUCUAAACACAACUACAGAGUCUAGUCCAGCGAAAAAACCUGCAUCCGAGCUGCCGUCAAAUAAUGGAGAUGGCAGUGCCUCAUAAGGGAUGUAUUGUUGCUGCUUCGAUUAAGUAAUCUUUAACAUACAAAUUUACCCUAUUGUCAACACUACUGGUGAUUUCCUUAGUUUGUUGCACUAUGUUGGUUAGCUGGGAAGUCUGUUGUCACAGAUAUAUGUCCUUUCCUUGAUUACUUGUAUGACUUAGUAACUAUUCUGUAUGUGUUGCUUAAUUCUUCUG